CACAGCUUCUUCAUCAUCAAGUUGGAGGGUGAUGAACAGAACUGGAGCUUAUGAUAAGUUGUACGCCUUUAGUUUCAUGUGUCAUGAUCUCCUAUGAUUCUAGGGUACUUGAGGAAGUCCAGGCUGAUGAAUGUUUAUAACAGUACACAAUACAGAUUUCUGUAUGUGUUUGAUGGAUGAUUUUACUAUUUUCCUUUGUUUUCUUCUGUUUUGGGUGUUGGGCUUUUGUCAGUGGUAAUUGGCCUGUGCAUCAGAUUUGAGAGCAAUCAGGACCAAUAAUUCUGCAUUUUUCCUUGAACUGAAGGAUCUGUUUUUUUUUUUUUUUCUCAUUACAGAGUUAGGUUUGUGCAUAUGAGGAUCGUGAGAAUCUGAUGUUAUGUAAAUUACAGACUGGUUUGAAUUUUGUAAAAUUAUGUAAUUAUCAAAAUUUCUUAUGCUUGAUGUAAUUAUCAAAAUUAUGUACAUAUAUUCUUUUGGAUUGUAAUGAGAUCUAACAAUAAGCAAUUAAAUACGAUUUUUUGCCCAUCAAAGCAAGUUCGAUAUGAUGUUUCAGUUUUGCUUACAAUGAGUUUUCUGAUUUGAAUAUCAUUUUUCUUUCACUUCAUCCUCCAUUCUAUUAAUCUUGAAAUAUAUUUUACUCCAAAGUGUUGAUGUACGUUAAUCUGUUUGUCUGAUAUAUAUAUCUUAAAACUCUGCAUUCUUUCUUGUGUAAAUUUUCAUGGUUCUAGUAAAGAUCUAAUAAUCUGCAAAACAAGUUUUAAUCUGACAAUUGUUUUAUAAACACUUAAGAUCUCUAUUAUGUAGUAGCUUGUACAUGAUAUUAUUAUUGAGUGCAAGUACCUAUCUUGUAGCUGACAAUAAGUUGUCGAGUAUUGUUGGAUUUUCUGGAAUAGCCAUGGCUUCAUCUGAAGGAUAUCUAGCUAAUUCCAUAAAUCUGGAUCAUGUUGAGUCUCGUUUGAUUUGGGAGUGUGCAUUAUUUUCCUUUGUAGCUUUUCUUAAGUUACUAGCUUUUUAUUAUUGUUCUUAUGUGUUAUCAAGUUAUUCUGUCCAUAGUGUCACUGAAGAUACUUGGUGUUUGUUCUAGAGCAGAGGUAAAGUAAUUAUGAUUUUAUUAUGAAAGCAUAAAUGGAAGGCCGAAGAAUACAUCAUAGCUCAAGUAGUUACAAUUAAACUUGAAUAAAAUCACACACAAUAAACAUUCCAUAGUUGAAUAUUGGUUUUUUUUUCUUCUGAGGUACUCCUUGUCAGUGUAUGUUUAUUGUGGUUGUUUCAUGUGAUCAUACAUCUAAUGCAAUCUUCCAUAUCAUUGAUAAAUAUGACCACGGUGACUGGUUUAUGACCCUUAGGUUGUUGAUGAAAACAAUCAUGCAAUAGGUAAGCACUGGGAUCUCUAGGAAUCCAAUGUGAUACUUAAUUCAGUUGUUAAUUAUGGAAGUUUUCAUUCGUGACUUUAAUAAAACAUUUUAGUAGUCAUAAUUUUGCUUCUCUGUAUGUAACGUGACUUAUUUGUGCAUGCACAAUGCUGAAGCUUUUAUUCAAUAAAAUGUUAUGAAGAACAAGGAUCAAUGAGCAUGUAUUGGUUUCAUUGACAUUAUUAUUGAUGCUUAGUAAAUGCAUGGUUAAAUCUCGAUUGGGUACCAAUAUUGGACCGACCAUAUUGGAUGGUGGUACAAUCUGUCUUGUCUGGUAUUGUUGAAAAGAAUUUAAUAAAAAAUAAAUAACAGAAUGUACUAAACUUAGUGUACCAUUACCAGUUGUUUGUUGGAUUGUCUAAUACAGGAUGGUAUAUAUUGGUCCUACUGAUAUUUAAAAAUCAUGAAUAGAGAGUCUAUUUCUCUUUUGGCUGCACGAUUUUAGUAAUUCUGUUUACUGUUCUCUUAUAUGUCCAGUCUGUUUGCUCUUACAGGUUUAGUCUGGGAGCGCAUACAAUCAAACUCUACAAAAAUUUGAGGUAGUAAAUUGUCAAUUGGAACUGGGGGCUUCUUGCGCCAGUCUUAUUGACUAAAGAACCAGAAAACCUCGAGUGAUAUGUUGUCAAAAUCAUGUGCCAAUCUUUUAGAAUUGGGAUCUGACAAUACAAUGGACUUCAGUACUUCUGUUAAAUCACUUCCCAGAGUGAUGACAAACCCAGGAAUAAUAAAUGACUUAGAUGAAGGAACCAGCACUAAUGAAGAUUCAUGUUCUUCUAAAUUAUCAUCUCAGGAUCGCAAAAUAAUAGUAGCAGACUUUCUUCCGCUAAACUCUAUGAAGGAUCAAGCAACUGGACAAUGGUGCUUCACAUGGGAUCAGGACUCACUUCUGCUACAACUGAAAGAUGGAUUUUCUUCUGAUACUGAAGUCAUAUACGUAGGAUGUCUGGAUGCUGAUAUAGAUAUUAGUGAGCAAGAAGAAGUUUCUCAAAAGCUUAUGGAAGAAUACAAAUGCAUGCCAACAUUCCUCUCACCUGAACUCUUUCAGAUGUACUACCAUGGGUUCUGCAAGCAGCAAUUAUGGCCUCUUUUCCAUUAUAUGCUUCCUAUCUGCCUUCAUAAGGGUGAUCUCUUUGACCGAUCUCUUUUUCAAGCCUACAUUUCAGCAAAUAAAAAAUUUGCAGAGAAGGUUAUGGAGGUAAUUAAUUCAGAUGAUGACUAUGUGUGGAUCCAUGAUUAUUAUCUGAUGCUUCUUCCAACAUUCUUAAGAAAACGACUGAAUCAAGUCAAGAUUGGUUUCUUUCUCCACAGCCCAUUUCCCUCAUCAGAAAUAUACCGGACAUUACCGGUCAGAGAGGAAAUACUCAAAUCAUUGCUUAAUGCUGAUUUAAUUGGCUUCCAGACAUAUGAUUAUGCACGUCACUUCUUGUCUUGUUGUAGUAGGAUGUUAGGACUGCAUUAUGAAUCCAAACGUGGUUAUAUUGGACUUGAAUAUUAUGGUCGCACAGUGAGCAUCAAGAUUCUCUCUGUUGGUAUACAUAUGGGCCGGCUUCAAUCGGUACUGAAUCAUCCUGCUACAGCUUCAAAAGUUCAAGAAAUUGAGAAAAAUUUCAAGGGGAAGAAAUUGCUACUUGGUGUGGAUGACAUGGAUUUAUUUAAAGGCAUUAGCUUAAAAUUGCUAGCUUUUGAGCUUUUGUUGGAAAGACAUCCAACUCUAAGAGAAAAAAUUAUCCUUGUGCAGAUUGUAAAUCCCACAAGAAGCAUGGGAAAAGACGUGAAGGAAGCAAUAGAAGACACACUGUUAAUAGCUGAAAGGAUUAAUAAUUCCUAUGGUACUCCAAGCUAUGAGCCGGUGGUGCUUAUUGACAAGCCUAUACCUUUUCAUGAAAAAAUUGCUUUCUAUGUGGCAGCAGAAUGUUGCAUUGUAAAUGCUGUUAGGGAUGGCAUGAACUUGGUUCCCUAUGAGUACGUAGUUUGCAGGCAGGGAACUGAGGAGAUGGACAAAUCUAGGGGUUUUCACGUUGGCUCUACACACACAAGCACACUUAUUGUAUCUGAGUUUGUUGGUUGCUCUCCAUCACUUAGUGGAGCCUUUAGGGUCAAUCCUUGGAGCAUUGAGGAUGUGUCUGAUGCUCUAUAUCGAUCAAUUAAUUCAGGAGAGACGGAGAGACAAAUGCGACAUGAAAAACAUUAUCGUUAUGUCAGCACCCAUGAUGUAGCUCACUGGGCUCGCAGCUUUUCUCAGGAUUUGAAGAGAGCAUGCAAAGACCAUUACAGUUGGAGGUGCUGGGCUCUUGGAUUUGGCCUAAAUUUCCGUGUCCUAUACCUUUCACCCAAUUUUAGGAAAUUAAUGUUAAAUCAUCUUUUUUCUUCCUACAAGAAUACUCAUAGAAGGGCUAUAUUUCUGGACUAUGAUGGCACCAUUAUGCCUGAAGCAUCUGUUACCAAGACCCCAAGACAAGAAACAUUAUCUAUCCUGGAUAGCCUGUCCACCGAUCCAAAUAACACGGUGUUCAUUGUCAGUGGAAGAGGCAGGGCAUCUCUUGGUGAGUGGUUUACCUCAUGUGAAAGCCUGGGAAUUGCUGCUGAACAUGGCUAUUUCAUUAGGUGGAGAAAGGAUGCUGCGUGGGAGUCCAGUUCGCUUCUUGUUGACUUAGACUGGAUGAAGAUAGCAGAACCAGUUAUGCAGUUAUAUACUGAGACCACAGAUGGUUCAUACAUAGAACUAAAGGAGAGUGCAAUUGUAUGGCAUUAUCAGUAUGCAGAUCACGACUAUGGUUCCUGCCAAGCGACAGAAUUGCUGGAUCAUCUUGAGAGUGUUCUGACCAAUGAACCAGUGGUGGUCAAGAGGGGUCAGCAUAUUGUGGAAGUAAAGCCUCAGGGAAUUGGUAAGGGGCUGGUUGUGGAGAAUCUUAUUGGGACUCUGAACAAGUGUGGGAAGCCACUAGACUUUGUGUUGUGCAUCGGGGAUGAUCGAUCUGAUGAAGACAUGUUUGAAAGUAUCAACAGUAUAGCUUCAAGUAAUCUAUUUCCUUUGGUCCCCGAAGUCUUUGCAUGUACAGUUGGUCAAAAGCCAAGCAUGGCCAAAUAUUAUGUUGAGGAUACCGAUGAAGUCAUAAGGCUAUUACAAGGAAUUGCUUCAGUUUCAAAUCAAGAGCAUAGGGUUACAUACAAUCAGGUUCCCAUAGAAAGGUCAAGUUGAGGUUGUUUCUCUUUUUACCAGGCUUUUUGUCCGGUUUCUGUUUAGUAGAAUCUGUGCAUUCUGAUGGUCUCUGUUUGCUGACAAGAUUUAGGCCUUCUUCCUUGCCAUCCUCCAGAUUGAAUGACUUUAAAUGCUUCAUGCACCUAAGGCAAUUUUUCUAACCAAUUCACAAAAUAUUAUCGUAUUUAUUGAAGGCUUGGAUGCUGUCGCCAUUGUUUUGUACAGAUUGUGGUGUGUUCUAAAGAUUGAUAUAGCCAUCUGUGUAUAUAGUCAUCUCAAAACUUAAAUGAGAUAUGGUAAUAACUUCCAUUCA